GAGAGUUUUCUUAACCUAAAUUCAUCAGCUGAUAGUUGACGUUUAAUUCAAAAUUCGAACGAAAUAGCUUCAACAUGAAAUGGUCUCUUUGGAUACUUAUACUUUGCUCUGUAUUAAGUUUUUCUGUUUCAAAAAAGUUUAAGGAUAAUGAGAAACCAGACUGGGCCAAGAAAGAUAUAAGAGAUUUCACAGAUGCAGAUAUGGAAAGGCUUCUCGAUCAAUGGGAAGAGGAUGAAGAGCCCCUUCCUGAGGACGAGCUGCCUGAACACUUGAGGCCGCCUCCACAAGUAGACUUUACGAAAUUUGAUUCAAACAAUCCUGAAGCUGUGCUUCAAGCAUCUAAAAAGGGCAGAACAUUGAUGACAUUUGUUCAGGUUCGGAGUGAGUUAUCUAGAGAUGAAACAGAAGAGGUAACCAAAUUAUGGCAGUCUAGUCUUUGGAACAAUCAUAUUCAAGCAGAGAGAUAUCUCGUAGAUGAUAAUAGAGCUAUAUUCCUUUUCAAAGAUGGUUCACAAGCUUGGACAGCCAAAGAAUAUCUUAUAGAUCAAGAAAAAUGUGAAAGUGUCACGAUAGAAAAUAAAGUUUAUCCUGGGAAAUACAGUAAAACUGCAAAGGAAGAAUUAUGAGUCACUUAGAAUUGUUGUGCUAUUUCAGAUAUAUUUUUCUCAAAAAAAGUGAUGUUUUGAAGUUGAUUCUCUCAUUUUUGUAAAUCCCAGAAGUUGAAUCAAACUGUUGUAUGAAAGUCACCUGCUUUGUUGUUUUGCAAUGAAACAUAAGUCAUGAUUAUCAUAAUUAUCAAAACAGUACCUAUUCUAUUGUUUUCAAUUAUUGUACCUACAUGUAAAGUGUAACUGAUUUGGGAGAAAUAUUGUCAUGAAAUGAUGACAAAAUGUACUGUUAUUGGAACAGAUAUAUUUAAUUUGUAUUUUUAUACAUAAUUUUUUUUUAAUAAAAAUUUCUAAACUGA